UUUAAUAACAUGUUUAAUUAAUAAAGAUGAUAUUUUAUCAAGAUCAUAUUUUUUUUCAAAGGUUCAGACCAGAAAGUUUAACAUGUUAUUAUUUUUCUCAUUAUUGUCUCUUCAGAUUGAGUGUCUGUAAUCUCUCAGAGAGAAGCUGUGAAACUCUGUCUUCACUUCUCAGCUCCCAGCCCUCCAGUUUGAGAGAGCUUGACCUGAGUAACAAUGACCUGAAGGACUCUGGAGUGAAAGUUUUGUCUUAUGGACUAGAAAGUCUGUAUUGUAAACUGGAAAUACUCAGGCUGUCAGGCUGCCUGAUCACAGAAGAAGGUUGCAAGUCUCUGGUCUCAGCUUUUAGCCUCAACUCUUCCCAUCUGAAAGAGCUGGACCUGAGCUACAAUAAUCCAGGAGAGGCAGGAGUGAAGAUGCUUGAGCAGCUAAGACUGGACACUCUGAGGGUGGAGCCUGCUGGAGUCCGAUGGUUGACACCAGGUCUGAGGAAGUAUUCCUGUCAACUCACAAUCGACACAAACACAGUGAACAGAAACCUCAAACUGUCUGACAACAACAGGAAGGUGAUACGUGUUUUAUCGAUUCCAUUAUAUCCUGAUCAUCCAGACAGAUUUGACUGGUAUCCUCAGCUGCUGUGUAAAGAUGAGCUUGAAGGUCGCUGUCAUUGGGAGGUUGAGUGGAGAAGAACGGCUUGGAUAUCAGUGAGUUACAGAGGAAUCAAAAGGAAAGGAAGGAGUGAUGAGUGUGUGUUUGGAAGGAAUGAUCAGUCCUGGAGUCUCAGAUGCUCUAAUGAUGCUCAUUCUGUCUGGCACAGAAGCAUAAAAACGUCCAUCUCCUCCUCCUCCUCCUCCUCCUCUGUCUCUAACAGAGUAGCAGUGUAUGUGGAUUGUCCUGCUGGCACUCUGUCCUUCUACAAAGUCUCCUCUGACACUCUGAUCCACCUCCACACCUUCAACACCACAUUCACUGAACCUCUUUAUCCUGGACUUGGGUUCUGGGCUCCAUCGGACGGUUUGGCAAAGGGUAUUAUCGACAUUUAUGGCCCUCCUUUGAAUAAACUAUUAUUUGACUUUGAGUCAGUGACUCUGUGUAGUUAGUGUUCCCCUGUUAGAGAAACAGUUCAGUCUGUACAUAUUUAUCUCUUUCACUCAGAAACACAUCAUGAGAUGUAUGAAAGAUCCUGAUAUUUAUUUUCAGUACAUUUAGAAUGAUGAAAGAACUCAACUUUGGCAUGUCAGUGGUGGCAUUUGGAGAAUUAAAUCAUCCUUUAGAAACUAGAUAUAAAUAUUAUAUUUUCCAACAUGAUUUUUUCCUGUGGUACAGAUGACAAUGAAAAGAUAUAAAACAGUCUGCAAAUCAUAAGUUAUUAAUUCAAAUGAUUAUUAACACCACAAGAGAAGAUUUCCUGUUAUUUGUACCACUCACUUGGUCAUGUGAUCUGGUUGUGCACUCCAUCAUAACUGACAUCGCUUUCUACUUUGAUAUUUUCAUGGUAAAUAGACUGAUUCUUGUUUAGAACUUUUGUGCACACAUUCAUACUCUGAUGGAUGAUGGAGAGGGUUAGUAUCUUGCUCAAGUAUAUUUUGCAUGCCAACUGGAGCAGCCAGGGAUUGAACCACCAACAUCCUGAUCAUUAGAUGCAUUGCUCUGUCUCCUGAGCUAUAACCAGCCAUCAUCAACGCUCUUUCUUAAACCCUCUCUGAGAGAAUCUCAAA